AUGUUUCUCAGCAACUCUCUUGACUUCUGUGGCGGCGCAGAGGGCGGUGCAGACUCCUGGGGAGAAUGUUCUGGCCACUACGAUGGGCUGGGCUGGGGAAAAUUUCUCUAUCACAUGGAUGACUCCGAUGUGGGAGCUGCAUUCUCUUCUAAAUCCGCUUCAUCUACGGCAAACCCUACCCCGAGGGCAUCAACCACAUCUUGCGCAACGACUACACCUCCUGACGUAUCCCGCCACGAUGCCCUUGCUUUGGAUUCAAUCGCCACCGAAAUUGAUGCUAUAUCUGCCACCUUGGACACCAACCUGUUAGUAUCAUCAACUAUGGCAACCAGCACUUGGACUGCUCCAUCUUCUACGAGCAGUACAACUUCAACAGCAUAUCGACAACUGUACCUACUGCACCAAGUGUUAUUUUUCCUAAGUCUCAUCACCAUAAUCAUCAUCAUGUGGAGGAACAGACACAAAAUGUUUGCCAUAUACAAUACGUCGACGUUUGAUGCCUCAAAAACGGCUUCUUCAUCCGCUGACCCUGCCCGGGCUUUUUCUACCAUGUGA